AUGACAGAAUUUAACUUUGAUGAUAGUGCAGUACUUUUACUAAUAGAAAAGUAUCAAGAAAAUGAACUAUUGUGGAACCCAAGGCAUAUGGAUUUCAAAAAUCGCAACAAAAGAAAUGAUGCUUUUAGAGAUAUUGCUUUUGUGUUCAACAUAGCAUCAUCAGAAAUUGAGAGAAAACUGAAGAAUUUAUCCAGCCAUUAUUUUCGAGAAAAACGCAAAUAUGAAGAAUCUAAAAGGAGUGGAUCUGGACGGGAAGAUGUUCAAUUGCCGAAAUGGUUUGCUUAUAAGGCGUUAUCAUUUCUUAAUAACAAGAAUGCACCGGUACCGACUCUGAACAGCCACACAUCUAAAUUAAGCUUAGUGUCGAUGCCGGUUUCACCGCUGAUGCAACAGAAGACUGUAAAACAGUCUCUAGCUGGAAUCCUGUUGUGCUUCACACUGGCUCUCUUACCGCCUGUGCUCGAAAUUGAAGCGCUAGUCGUCAAGGAAUCUGUUACCCGUUUUAAGCGCGCCCUACGUCUCCGCAACGUAUCGUACCCCUGCAUCUACAUUGGGUGGAUAAUGUACGCGUACUUCACGGCGCUGCCCAUCUGCCUCCUGGCCGGCAUCACUCUCAUCCUCAUUUUCCGCUGGAUUCAUCUUAUCUUUGCCCUUAUCACCAUCCUUGCCUACAAAACCGUUGUGAUUAUGCUGGCUUUGAUCAUGGCGAUGUUUCACAAUAAAGCGUGGGUCGCUUGUACAUGGACAAUGCUGUUCACGCUAAUGCAGACGUUCUUGUCGGAGCUAUUGGUGCACCAUCGGUUCGAUAUAGAGAAUAGAGCACUUACGUUUGCGUUGCAGAUUGUCUUGCCUCCCUUGGGACUCGUGCAUGCUUUUAAUGAGUUUGCUUUGUUACAAACUGGUCAAGCAGGGGCCAGUGAUAGCUCCUUAUUGUACCCCAUACUGUCCUGGUUGUUAAUGAUUGCUUUUUAUUUUGCAAUACUUAUGCUCUUGCAAAGAACUAUCGGUAAUGAGAGGGCGAUAGGGGGUCAAAUGUCGUGGAAGUCUAUCAUCUUCAAAAAGGGCGUGGACGUUAAUAAAUUGCACCGUAUAAAAUCGCAUUCAGCAGCGGACAAAGAUAAACUACAAGAAGUGGAUGAGCUGGUUGCUAAAGCUGUUAGUUUUAGAAAUGUUUCGAAGAGUAUCAUGGGCACACUUGUUCUAAACGAUAUAACAUUUGACAUAUAUCGUGGCGAGUUCACAAUGAUAUUCGCGGACCGGAUUCACCGCAAGAUGAUAAUCACCAUAGAAGACUUGCUCUCUGGCUUAACAUAUGCAGACAAAGGCUCGAUUAACGUACUAGGCCAAGAGCUGAAGCCAGGCAACAACUGCAUGGACCAACCAUACAUGACCGGCUACUGUCAUCGUAGCGAGUUCCUAAUUCGAGACCUUUCUGUGGAGGAACACCUUAUCUUUUUUCUGGGGGUUAGAUCAUUCCUUAAUACAUUAUCUGCGUGUCGUGUAAUUCACCUUGUACCAAUUAUAGAUUCUAUAGAACGAUACAUAGUUUGCGAUCAAUCCAAGUUCGAUUUCGCCGGUACUUAUAAAAUUUGUGUAUGGUACGAGUCCAGCAGUUACGUUACUGAGUAUAGUCAAAUUCGAAUGAAACGUCUUCUGCAAGACUGUGACCUGGAGGACGUGAAGGACAAAUACGUGGAGAACUUGGACGUUUACUAUCAAGCGCAACUGUGCUGGGCGAUAGCACUUCUUUUGGAACCAAGGAUUAUAAUAGUGAACAGUUUAUCUUCUACGCCUACUUACGAAGCGGUGAUAAAGGAUAAGAUAAUGAUAUUAUCCGCGGUGACUGCUGGUGUCGCGAUGGGAAUUUCGCUUUCCUCCUUACUGACCUAUUUGGAGAAGGAUCAUAGUGUGAAAAAAUCCCUUCAAGGCGAAUUGUUGACUAUAGAAGCUCUGAAACAAAAUACUACCAUGGUGCUUCACUCGGAUAACUCGAGCUUUGCUGCUUCUGUGGCUAAUAGCUACGUGCUUUCUGAAACAAAUUCGACAACUAGCGAUAUUGAAAAAAUUGCAUAUACAGCCCUAGCAGAAAGUGAGAGUCUUACAGAAUAUCUUAUAACACGGGCGAUCGACUCCCCUCAGCACUACGUCUGGGAGUUUGCUUACGGCAUCGACAUUAAAAGCCAUGAAAACGGAAGCCAUAAUGUGCGAGUACUGUACAGUCCCCUACACUACGACUACGCCGCGGCGGCGAGAUCUCUCAGCCGCGCUUAUAUGGCUCUUAUUCGACACUACACCAAGGAGCUCGACGCCACAAUCCAAGUCACCGAUAAUCCACUAGCUUUAGAUCUGACCCGAUGCCACUCAUCGAACUUUUCUCCAAUGUGCUACUGGUUCACAUUGUUCUUGUACGACUUGUGUUUGUAUUUCCUCCUGGUGGCUUUGAUGACUGCAUUACUAGGUGCCACCAUUUACUUGGUAACGCCGUCUGUGCACUUUCAAGUUGAAGAUUUUGCAAUACUUGCACUGCUAUUAACUGUUUACGGAGUAGGAUGCAUACCUCAAGCUUAUCUCUUCAGUUUGGGCCCGCAAGCCCAACUCAAUUCUAUGAUCUUUAUUAUAGUCAACAUUAUAUUUGGCGAAACGACGAUCAUUGCCAAGAUUCUCUACGGCGACGCAUUAAACUAUGCUCUGCACUUCGUGAGCUUCUCGCCACAAUUCAAUAUGGCGUAUGCUUAUGUAAAGAUAAGGAAGAUAUUUCUUUACAACACGGAGUGUGGUAUAUUAAAAACCAAAAACCUCUGCUCGGUGGAAGCCCUACAUAAAUGUUGCGACCUAAAGAUGGAUAACUUGGGCGAAUAUCUCCUUGCUAUUGAUAUAACUAAAGAAGAUGUAGGCAUUAGUACAAUCAGGAACGUGUACUUAGGCCUAGGUAAGAGCGACGUACAGGCUCUGUCAGGGCUGAUAAACCACGGCAGAAGGAAGCUUUGCGAGGUGCUGGCCGGAUAUAAAUUACCCACCAGCGGUCAAUUGUGGGCAAUGUCAACUUGGGAAAUGCGAAGACAUCCGCAUAAGUACGCCUGCCAAGUUGCACUUUGUUCAGACCGUGUUCCUUUACCUCCUUGGAUGACCAUAUUUGAUGCUCUUGAACUAAUAGCGAUACUGCGUGGUGUGCCAAAUAAAUACGUGAAGACUGAAGUUAUGAACUUCAUUGAUGCUCUUGAGCUUCAUGACAAAGCAAACACAGUCAUCGAUCGUUUACAACACACGGACCGCACCAAGCUACACUUCGCGGCUGCUGUUGUCGGCGCACCCCCCGUGCUCGUUUUAGACGAAUUUACUGCCUAUCAGAAGUAUUCAAUCAGACGCGCUAUGUACUACAUUCUUCAUCAUCUAAGGAAGCGAGGUCAUGCAAUUUUUAUGAGUUCUUGUAGCGUGGAAAGUCAUAUGCCGGUGACCAAUCGCCUGGCUAUCCUAGUAAAUGGCUUGAUCUACGACAUGGGUAAUGUGGAUGAUUUGGUAGCGCGGUACAGCCAAAAGGGUUUCACAGUUGUACUGCACCUCAAGGAUGAUGUGGAUGUGAAGAAUAUGCUCAGCAGAUACUUCACAACCUUCAUUAUUAACGAUGUAUCGGAAGUUCUCGUAAACAUCCAAUUACUCGACUUCGAUCUCAACUGGUUGACUGUGUUUGAUAAAAUGGAGAAACUCGUGGCGGAAAACCAAACAGUCUAUUCAUACAUCGUGUCAGCAAUUCCUAUCGAUUAUGUGUAUAAUUGGAUCUUAGCAAACGAAAGUGGUCGGCAACCUGUAAAGGAAAAAACUCCAUUUUCUUUCUUUAAACGUAUCUCUUUGCGGCCACCAAAGAUAAAACCAAAUCAGGCGGCGAUAAACGGACUGAUUCCGUUUGAAGAGAAAUACAAUCUGACUAAAUUGAAAGAGCUGCCAUGGUCAGUGAUAUUCCAGAGAUAA